AUGGCUUCUCCUCCCGCCGAUUCUGUCUUCGCUCAUGUUGCCGCUGCUCCUGAAGAUCCUAUCCUCGGGGUAACUGUUGCUUACAACAAAGACCCAAGCCCAUUAAAGCUGAAUUUGGGUGUUGGCGCUUACCGUACAGAGGAAGGAAAACCUCUUCUUUUGAAUGUUGUCAGAAAAGCGGAACAACAAAUCUUGAAUGACGGGUCUUACAACAAGGAAUACCUUCCGACUGCCGAGUUCAAUAAAUUGAGUGCUAAGCUUAUUUUUGGUGCUGACAGCCCUGCUAUUCAAGAGAACAGGGUAACUACUGUUCAAGGCUUGUCCGGUACUGGAUCAUUAAGAGUUGGAGGUGAAUUUUUAGCCAGACAUUAUCAUCAACGGACUAUAUACUUGCCUCAGCCUACUUGGGGUAACCACCCUAAAGUUUUUACCCUGGCAGGGUUAUCUGUCAAAAAUUAUCGCUACUAUGCUCCAGCGACACGAGGGCUUGAUUUUCAAGGACUCUUAGAAGACCUUGGUUCUGCUCCUUCGGGAUCUAUUGUCUUGUUACAUGCAUGUGCACAUAACCCAACUGGUGUUGAUCCAACCCCGGCGCAAUGGGAGCAAAUCAGGCAGCUGAUAAGAUCAAAAGCUUUGUUGCCUUUCUUUGAUAGUGCUUAUCAGGGUUUUGCCAGCGGAAGUCUUGAUGCAGAUGCACAGUCUGUUCGGAUGUUUGUUGCUGAUGGGGGUGAAUUGCUGAUAGCUCAGAGUUAUGCGCAGAACAUGGGACUUUAUGCAGAACGUGUUGGUGCCUUGAGCAUUGUCUGCAAGUCAGCUGAUGUUGCUAGUAGGGUUGAAAGCCAGCUGAAACUAGUGAUCAGGCUUAUGUAUUCAAAUCCUCCCACACAUGGUGCAUCCAUUGUAGCUGCCAUCCUCAAAGACCGGGAAUUGUACAAUGAAUGGACUGUUGAGUUGAAGGCAAUGGCUGACCGAAUUACCAGCAUGCGCCAGCAACUUUUUGAUGCUUUGCAAGCCAGAGGUACGCCUGGUGAUUGGAGUCACAUUAUCAAGCAGAUUGGAAUGUUUACUUUCACAGGAUUGAAUCCAGGGCAAGUUUCCUUCAUGACUAAAGAGUAUCACAUAUACAUGACAUCUGAUGGAAGGAUUAGCAUGGCCGGUCUGAGCACCGAAACAGUGCCACAUCUGGCAGAUGCGAUACAUGCAGCUGUAACGCAAGUCGUCUAAACUAUGAUGCUGAGGCAGUUG